UAACCAUUUUUUAUUAAUUAAUUUCAUUUUCAAUCCCUAAUAAUUCUUUUUUUUUUAUUUUUUUGGUAAGAAAAAUCCAUUUAAUCAAACGGACUUAACGACAGCCACCCUUUUACCUAACAAUCAUCAUAUUAAAUGAUUUUUGUAUAAGAAAAAAAGUUGUCUCCCUUUUUUUGCCUUGAUAGAGUUUUUUCCUUCAGUUUCUCAGCUCCCAAACACGCCCGGCUGCUUUCAAUCUCUGACACUUCUGCACAAGAGAAAUUUUUGUUUGUCCUUCUCCUCAAAAAGAGAUUUGUCCCUUUUCCCCCAAAAGUUCCUCAUCUUUCGAAUCUAUUCUCUCUCUCUCUCUCUCUCUCGAUUUACUUUCUCUCUCUUAAUCGAUAAUGCUUCAAAGCCUAGUUCCUCAAUCUCCAAUCAAGUCCAACCGUAGCUCAAAUCCUAUGUCCUCAAUGAAGUCAAAGCGCGACGAUAGAGACAUCUCCGCCACAAGCGUCGACGAUUCUUCCGCUGAUGAUCCUUCAACUAAGCGUCCUAACUUCUCAUCGGGCGACAAAACUGCCAUCGAUGAACAGGAAGAAGCGGUCAUUGAAGGUGAGUCAACGGUGUUAAGGCUUUUAGGUCUUCUGCUCCAAUGCGCCGAGUGCGUCGCCAUGGAUAAACUCGAGGACGCCACCGAUCUUUUACCUGAAAUCUCUGAGCUCUCUUCUCCGUUUGGUUCAUCUCCCGAACGCGUCGGUGCGUACUUCGCACACGCUCUCCAGGCGCGUGUGGUGAGUUCUUGCUUAAGAACCUAUUCUCCUCUUGAUGCCAAGUCGCUUACCUUGACUCAAUCCCAAAAGAUCUUCAAUGCUUUGCAAUCUUACAAUUCGAUAAGUCCAUUGGUCAAAUUCUCUCACUUUACCGCCAAUCAAGCUAUCUUCCAAGCCUUGGACGGUGAGGAUCGUGUCCACGUCAUCGAUCUCGACAUCAUGCAAGGUCUCCAAUGGCCAGGAUUGUUCCACAUCCUUGCAUCCCGGUCCAAAAAGAUCCGAUCAAUGAGAAUCACUGGAUUCGGGUCCUCCUCGGAGCUUCUCGAGUUGACAGGGAAAAGGCUCGCUGAUUUCGCGACUUCUUUAGGGUUACCGUUCGAGUUCCAUCCGUUGGAAGGCAAAAUUGGAAAUGUAACAGAUCUGAGUCAACUCGGGGUGCAACCAAGUGAAGCUUUGGUGGUUCAUUGGAUGCAUCAUUGCUUAUACGAUAUUACGGGCAGUGAUUUAGGAACGUUAAGAUUAUUGACCAUGUUGAGGCCGAAAUUAAUCACGAUCGUGGAACAGGACCUGAGUCACGGUGGUAGUUUUCUAGGGAGGUUCGUGGAGGCAUUGCAUUAUUACAGCGCGUUGUUCGACGCGCUUGGGGAUGGAUUAGGCGUGGACAGUCUCGAAAGGCACAUGGUGGAGCAGCAGCUGUUUGGGAGCGAGAUCAGGAACAUCGUGGCAGUCGGUGGCCCCAAGAGGACGGGCGAAGUUAAAGUGGAGAGAUGGGGUGAAGAGUUGAAACGGGUCGGAUUCCAACCCGUAUCAUUGGGUGGAAACCCGGCCGCCCAAGCUAGCCUUUUGCUGGGGAUGUUCCCUUGGAAAGGAUAUACCCUGGUGGAGGAGAACGGGUGCCUCAAGUUGGGAUGGAAAGAUUUGUCUCUGUUGACCGCCUCAGCAUGGCAGCCGUCCGAUUGAAAUACUACCAAUUUUGUGUAACUAAAAAUUCUAGACUCUCAAGAUUUUGGUUUAUAAAUUCAUCAUAAUAAUAAAAACAAUGGAGAAACAACUCUGUUCUCUAAAUAGGUUUUUUCAUUUCUUUUUUUUUUUCAUCAAUUUUGAAACAUGGAAAGAAAGCAAAAGCUGGAAAAAAGAAAAAGGUAAGGCGACGGAGAUAUCAUAUAUCUCCAACAUGGUUCCCGUCAAUGUGGAGGAAUAUCAUAUGGAAAAUUGGUUACAUGGUGAUAGGAUAUCAAUUAUAAGGGCACUAUUUUAAGCUGAGGAUGCUUGGCAUUUUCCGAAUAAAUUUUCCUUUUACUCCUUAAUUAUGACAUUAUGUACUUAUUAUGAAUCCUGACAUUAUGAGAAAUUUUAAGUACUAGAAGCACUUAUUAUGAUUCCAGAA